AAAUAGUCCGGUCGACCAGUCAUACCGAUCCGGUUUGACCGAGACACGUGCGCGAUUUAAUAAAAAGUUCAUUUUUGAAAGGUGUUUUCCGUUCGAAGAUUACAAGUAAACGAAACAAUUAAAAAUGGCCUUCGCAGCUGCACGCAUGAUUUUGAAAGAUAAAAGAAGAAAACCAUCACGCGAAGAAUUUGUACCCAGGAACAGAAGCAAGGCUCGCAAUAAGCCUGCAGAUGGCAGCACCAUCGUUUCGCAGAAGCCGCGGACUCCCACUCACGGCCCGAAAACCGGCAAACCGGCCCAAAAACCGGCGGUUUCCCAGAAGGGGCAGCAGAUCAAGCAGGCGCCCGCCAAGGUCCAGGCGGCCGCCCAGGCCAACAACAAACCUGUCAAUAAGAAAAAGAAGGGGAAGCAUCACCAGCAUGACCUAUCGGUCACCAUUAAUUUGACCGAAUAUGGAUUGUCAGAGGAUCAAGUUGCUGAAUUUAAGGAAGCUUUCAUGCUGUUUGAUAAGGACGAAGACGGCCAAAUCACAAUGGCCGAAUUGGGUGUUGUUAUGAGGUCAUUAGGUCAAAGACCUACAGAAACCGAGCUUCGCGACAUGUUAAACGAAGUGGACCAGGAUGGCAACGGCACCAUAGAAUUCAACGAGUUUCUUCAGAUGAUGUCUAAGAAGAUGAAGGACGCAGACGGCGAGGAGGAGUUGAAAGAGGCUUUCCGCGUUUUCGAUAAAAACAACGACGGCUUGAUCUCCUCCAUAGAACUGCGACACGUCAUGACCAGUUUGGGGGAGAGGCUCACCGAAGAAGAAGUCGACGACAUGAUCAAGGAGGCGGACUUGGACGGCGACGGCCAAGUCAACUACGAAGAGUUCGUGUCGAUUUUGACGUCCAAGAACUAGUGGGGUCCAAGAAAUCGCUCCGUACAAUAUGCUUCAAUUUCGAUAUAUUCUACGUAUAUAGCACCGCUUCUACAAAACCUAAUUCGACAGGGUCUAUCAACGUUGUGUUUAGCAUCUGUAUUCUAUCGAGUUUUAAUAAUAAUUAUAGGGUGAGUAGUUAUGUACGGGUUCAAUAAAGUGUUAGUCUUCCAUGAAGAAUGAGAUUUUAUUUUCUUGUCAAAAUUUGUUACAUAGCUUACAUACGUUGUUAGUUGAACAAAAUAAACAUAAAAUGUACCAAAAAUAUUGUAUAUCACGAAAGCAAAAAAGACUUAAUAUUAAUAAACUAUUUGGUGUUUUGAAGAGCUUUAUUCACAAAAAAUAUACAUACACAAUAAAUACUAAACAUUAUCAUACAAAGAUAACUUUCUUUCCUUUAGUUUGUCAUUAUUAUUACCAUUGGACAAGGUUAAAGGUACUUCUUCAUCGGAACAAAUUUGCAAAUCGAAUGCAUUAUCACAGAUUUCGUUACUGGAUUGGCAGUAUAUCAAAUUAUUUUUGUCCAGGACUGUUUUCAGCUUCCCCUUGAUAAUCGGACUAACGUUCAGCAAUAUCAGCUGGACCUCUUUGUCAUUAUACAGGUUCAACAUCGUCUCCAAAGCCUAGAA